AUGAAAGAAGCUAAGAGUACCUCUAUCCCUCUAGGAGGGCAGUUCAUGUUGUCAAAAGAACAAUGCCCCACCAAUGCAGAAGAAUUGGAAGAGAUGAGGGAUGUACCCUAUGCUAUGGUGUUAGGAUGCCUAAUGUAUGUGAUGGUGAGUACAAGACCUGAUCUUGCACAUGCUCUUAGUAUUCUAAGUAGGUUCAUGUCCAAUCCUGGCAUUGAACAUUGGAAGGCUCUCAAGUGGUUACUAAGAUACUUGAAGGGCACUUGGGAUUAUGGUCUGACCUAUGAGAAAGCCAAAGGUGAUCUUGAGCUGAAAAGGUUUGUAGAUGUAGAUUAUGCAUCUAAUAGAGACACAAGAAGAUCAACCACUGCCUAUAUGUUUAUGAAAAAUAAAAACUGUAUAAGUUGGAAGGCUCAAUUACAAUCCAUGGUUGCUCUUUCAACAACAGAGGAAGAAUUUAUGGCCACCACUGAAGCUUUUAAGGAAGCAUUGUGGCUCCAAGGCAUUCUGCAGGAAUUGAAACAAAUGAAAGACAGAGUAAUAGUGUACUCAGACAGCCAAUCUUCUAUUCAUCUAUGCAAGAAUCCUGUGUAUCAUGAAAAGAGCAAGUACAUAGAUAUAAAGCUCUAUUGGAUUAGAGAAAAGAUAGAGGAAGGAGUGGUUGAACUGGAGAAGGUCAGAUCAGAGGACAACCCAGCUGAUGUUGGGACUAAAGUCUUGACAGUUAGUAAUUUUAGGCAUUGUCUAAACUUACUCAAUCACAAAAACUGA